UCUCCAAGCUGAAGCCUGUCUUGCCGAUAGUCACCUCAUUUGCAGACUUUGUUGAGCUUUUCUUCCCUUCGCCACAGAAGCAGCUUCUAGGUCGGUUUCGCGGAUUGCUGUACUAGCGGCCAGGUCAGCUGUCGAACCAGCCACGUCAUUCCCGUCUGCAGAACUCCCUUCUCCAACUGGUGAAGGGACAGGUUCGGCUAGUGCAGUGAGUACGACAGAAGGGCUUUUGCUUGUCCGAGUUACGAAGACACUCUUCAGUGUCAGACAACGGGUGGACACGGAAAGAGAGACCUGCGAUGUGCAACAGUUGCACGCCUCAACCUUCCCCCUGGGGCACUUUUUGAACGAGCGAAGAGAGCAGAGCAAGAUAUUUUACCGUGAAGUAGCUCGCCAUUGUGGACAUUGAAGGAAAGAAAAAGAGGACACAGCUGGUCCAGGACAGCUCGUUUUAUCUCCCACGUUUCGCUCUCCACGCGUGUCGUCUGGGUUGCCACGGGCUUUGAUCGUGGUCUGGAGACAUAAAGGCACGCCUUACCCUCAUUGCCUCGAGUUCCCGUACCACUGCGUUAUCGGAAUAGUACUCACUGUAUAUCGUAGUGGGGCAUCCUCCCUAAAUAAGUGUUGCCUAGUUCCGUCCGUCCAGACGUCUUCGCCAGCACCUUGUGCUUAAUCGGCGAAAAAUCUUCAACUGGUAACCACGUAACCACUACCAGCCAUGGAUCACGAUAUGAGCUCCAUGGGCCACGAUAUGAGCUCCAUGGGCGGCGGAGGAGGCUCCGCAUCCGCCGGCGUGGACACCUCCAGUCCUAACUACGACCCGGACGCUCCCACCAACAGCACCAGCAGCGCAACCGGCGGGAGCGGGUCCAUGUCGAUGAUGAUGAUGCAGAUGUGGUUUUACUGGGGCCCGAAGGUGACGAUUCUCUUCGAAAACUGGACGACGAGCGGGUGGGGGUUCUACCUGCUCGCGUGCUUCCUCGUGGUCGUCUUCUGCGUGCUCCACGAGUUUCUGACUUCGUUUCGACUGAAGCUGUCCGCCACUCGCCGCUGCCGCGUGAAAGACGCCGAGCAAGGUGCUAGUGACGGCGCUGGCAAAAAAGCCCACCAGUGGCGCUCCCUCCUUGACCGCCUGGCUGUAACGGCAAUAUACGCACUCAACCUGACAUUCAGCUACGCUAUAAUGCUCAUCGUUAUGAGCUUUAACAUCGGCCUCUUUAUUGCGGUGGUUCUCGGCCUCACUAUUGGCUUCUUCUUUUUCGGAGCCAAGAGGCGGAAGAACUCGUCUGAACGGCCGGAGAAUGAGGAGGUGCUUGAAGAAAACUGCUGCGGCGGUGGGACUUCUGAUGCUUGCUGCACUGCUCCAUAGAGGGGAUGUUGUUGGGGUUUUUAAAACUGGUAUAAGAAACAAAUCCUUGUAGAUAAGGGUGGGUAAAUGAGGGCGUUUCCACAAGGAUGUAUCUUUGAUGUGGGUUUGUUCGUAAAUUGUGAUUGUUCUCGUAAGUAGUGACCACCCUUGCUCAUAUG